CCAAGACAAUUCCACUCGUUUGGUGGUCUUCUUCGCAAAUUAUAAAAGCACAACAUACCUUACUGUAUCUUUUUACAGUCUCCCCAACUUUCGGGUUGCUUGAUCGGAUAUCUCACUCGGACCCGGAAUCGGAUAUUUCUAGGGUUUUCAUUUCAAAUCAUUUAAUUUACUUAAUUUGAUCUCCCAACUAACUAAAUAACAAUGCCUCUCAGACUAGAGAUUAAGAGGAAACUUGCUAUAAGAUCAGAGAGAGUUAAAUCCGUCGACCUCCAUCCGACCGAGCCAUGGAUAUUAGCAAGUUUGUACUCGGGAACUGUCGGAAUAUGGGAUUACCAGACCCAGGCUCAGGUAAAAUCUUUCGAGGUCACCGACUUACCAGUCAGAUCAGCAAAGUUUAUAGCGCGCAAGCAGUGGGUUGUUGCUGGUGCAGAUGAUAUGUUUAUCCGGGUAUACAAUUACAAUACAAUGGAUAAAGUGAAAGUAUAUGAGGCACAUGCUGAUUAUAUCCGGUGUGUGGCUGUUCAUCCUACGUUGCCAUAUGUAUUGUCAUCAUCUGAUGACAUGCUUAUAAAGCUUUGGGACUGGGAGAAGAAUUGGUUUUGUACUCAAAUUUUUGAGGGUCACUCUCAUUAUGUUAUGCAAGUGACAAUCAAUCCCAAGGACACUAAUACUUUCGCAAGUGCAUCGCUUGAUCGAACUAUAAAGAUUUGGAAUCUGGGUUCACCUGAUCCUAAUUUCACACUGGAUGCCCAUCUUAAAGGAGUGAAUUGUGUGGAUUAUUUUACUGGUGGUGAUAAACCUUAUCUAAUUACUGGAUCAGAUGAUCACACUGCCAAGGUGUGGGAUUAUCAAACUAAAACUUGUGUUCAGACUCUAGAAGGUCACACCCAUAAUGUUUCUGCUGUAUGUUUCCAUCCAGAGCUCCCAAUUAUUAUUACAGGUUCCGAGGAUGGUACUGUACGUAUAUGGCAUUCAACUACUUACAGACUUGAGAACACAUUGAACUAUGGACUUGAAAGGGUUUGGACUGUUGGAUAUAUGAAAAGUUCACGUCGGAUCGUUAUUGGCUAUGACGAAGGGACAAUAAUGGUUAAAAUUGGACGAGAAGAACCUGUAGCGAGUAUGGACAAUAGUGGGAAAAUAAUAUGGGCCAAGCAUAAUGAAAUUCAGACUGUUAACAUUCGAAGUGUGGGAGCUGAUAAUGAGGUAUCUGAUGGAGAGAGGCUACCUUUAGCAAUUAAAGAGCUGGGAACGUGUGAUCUGUACCCUCAAAGCUUAAAGCACAACCCGAAUGGGAGGUUCGUCGUUGUCUGUGGUGAUGGUGAAUACAUCAUAUAUACAGCUUUGGCAUGGAGAAAUCGAUCCUUUGGAUCUGCGUUGGAGAUCGUCUGGUCUACCGAUGGUGAAUAUGCUGUAAGGGAAAGUACAUCCAAGAUCAAGAUUUUCAACAAAUCUUUUCAGGAAAAGAAGAGUAUUAGGCCGACUUUUUCCGCUGAACGAAUAUUUGGUGGAUCUUUGCUGGCUAUGUGUUCAAGUGACUUUAUAUGUUUCUAUGAAUGGGCUGAGUGUAGAUUGAUUCAACGGAUUGAUGUCAAUGUCAAAAACAUUUUCUGGGCUGAUAGUGGUGAUAUUGUGGCAAUUGCUAGUGAUUCAUCGUUCUACAUUCUAAAGUACAAUCGGGAUGUAGUGUCGGCGCAUCUCGAUAACGGAAGAUCUGUAGAUGAGCAAGGUAUUGAGGAUUCCUUUGAAAUUCUCUAUGAAGUAAACGAAAGAGUUAGAACUGGAUUAUGGGUCGGGGACUGUUUUAUUUACAAUAAUUCUUCAUGGAGGCUCAACUAUUGUGUUGGUGGCGAGGUAACCACCAUGUUUCAUUUGGACCGGCCAAUGUAUCUUUUAGGAUAUUUGGCUAAUCAGAGCAGGGUUUAUCUCAUUGACAAAGAAUUUAAUGUCGUUGGCUACACCUUGCUUCUCACUUUGAUUGAAUACAAGACACUCGUGAUGCGUGGAGACCUUGAACGAGCCAGGGGACUUUUGCCAUCAAUUCCAGUGGAGCAUCAUAAUAGCGUUGCUCAUUUCUUGGAAUCACGAGGGAUGACUGAAGAUGCCUUAGAAGUUGCUACUGAUCCUGACUAUAAAUUUGAGCUGGCCCUUCAGCUUGGUAAACUAGAUAUCGCAAAGGAUAUUGCACUAGUAGCUCAGAGUGAGUCAAAGUGGAAGCAGUUGGGUGAACUGGCUAUGUCAACCGGAAUGUUGGAUAUGGCCGAAGAUUGUUUAAAGCAUGCAAAUGAUUUGAGUGGGUUGUUAUUACUCUAUUCUUCUUUAGGAGAUGCGGAAGAGAUUGCAAAACUUGCAUCUCUAGCAAAAGAGAAUGGAAAAAAUAAUGUUGCAUUUGCUUGUCUGUUUAUGUUGGGUAAAUUGGAAGACUGCUUGCAGUUGCUGGUUGACAGCAAUAGGAUUCCCGAAGCUGCUUUGAUGGCACGAUCUUACCUUCCAAGCAAGGUUUCAGAAAUAGUGGCCCUUUGGAGAAAAGACCUUAACAAGGUUAACCCGAAGGCUGCAGAAUCUUUAGCAGAUCCUGAAGAGUACCCCAAUAUGUUUGAGGACUGGCAACUUGCCCUAGAGGUUGAAGCAAGAGCUUCAGAUAAAAGGGGGCAUUACCCUCCAGCAGCGGAAUAUGUUAACUAUGUUGAUAGAUCUCAUAUCAACCUAGUUGAAGCUUUUAAACACAUGCAAUUGGAUGUUGAGGAGCCACGUGAAAAUGGAGGGUUGGUACAUGAGGGUGUAGAAAACGAUGACAAGGAGGAUAAAUUGGUUGAUGGUCAAGAAGAGGAUCAAGUUGGCGGUCAAAAGGACCAACAAGGGUGUCAAAAGGAUGACCAAGAUGUAGAUGCAGCCAGGGAUAAUGAUUCUUCAGAUGGUGCCGUACUCAUUGAUAGUCAUGAAUAUGAUGAAGAGUGAUUAAUUUGUUUGGGGCGAAAUGAAAAUCCUAAUCGUACAGCUGGUAGCUCUUUAUGGAAAAUGGAGAAGAAACGAAUACGGGAAAUGGUCUUGUUGAGUGUGAUGUAAUUUUGUAGUGCGCCGGGAAACAUAUCAUAGACUUGAGCUUUAGUUUGGUAGUCUGAAGUUUUUAGUUACUUAGUAUUCCUUUUUCUGGUGAUAAUUUUUUAUUUUUAUAUAUACAUAUAUGUAUACACACUUGGUUAUACAAGCAUCUUAUAAUUUUUUUAA